AUGUCACGGAGCGGGGCCCGCAGCCGCCUUCUCCGGCAGGGCAGGGACCGGCCGCCCUUCCCCGGAUCCUCCUCCCUCUCCUCCCUCCUCCCCGGGCCGGCUGCAGCGGAGCCGGAGCCGGAGCCGCGGCCGCCCCGGCAGGUGAGUGCUCUGCAGGGCCCGUCCAUGGAUGCCAGCAAGAAGGUGGAUCUGAAGAUCAUCAUCAUCGGAGCUCUGGGCGUGGGCAAGACCUCUCUGCUGCACCAGUACGUGCACAAGACGUUCUACGAGGAUUACCGCACCACGCUGGGCGCCAGCAUCCUCACCAAGGUCCUGGCCGUGGACAGCACCCCCCUGAAGCUGCAGAUCUGGGACACAGGAGGACAGGAGCGAUUCCGGUCCAUGGUGUCAACCUUCUACAAAGGCUCAGAUGGCUGCAUGCUGGCCUUCGACGUGACAGACAAGGAGUCCUUUGAGGCCCUGGACAACUGGAGAGAUGAUUUCCUGGAGAAGGUCAUUCCCAGGGAGCAAGAUUUCCCCAUGGUCGUGCUGGGGAACAAGAUAGACCUCAGUGACCGGCAGGUGCCCAAGGAAACGGCCUCAGCCUGGUGCAAGGAAAAGGACAUCCCAUACUUCGAGGUCAGCGCCAAGAACAACAUCAACGUGGCCGAGGCUUUCGAGACCCUCGCCAAGCAGGCGCUGACCACGUAUAAAGGGAUUUUUGAGAGUUAUUUAACCGACUCCAUCAAGCUCACUCCCAACGACAAGCCCAAGCAGAGCUGCUGCUGA